AUGGGUAAGGGCCAAUCCAAAAAAGGCGGACCGAUGCUGCACGUGCUGUAUGGGAGCGCGACGGGCACGGCGGCCGACGUCGCCGAGCAGGUAGGUCGCAUGGCGGCCGCGCGCCAGGUCCCAUGCGCUGUCUCUGCGAUGGACGACUUUCCGAUCGCGUCGCUUCCGAACCAGCGCUACGUCGUGUUUGUCGUUGCGAGCAGCGGCGACGGCGAAGCGCCCGAGAACAUGGCGCAAUCGUGGAAGUUCCUCCUGCGCAAGAGCUUGGCCGCCGACUCGUUGGCCAACGUUCGUGUCGCCAUCUUUGGCCUCGGCGACUCGAGCUACGCCAAGUACAACGCAGUAGCCCGCCGCUUGCAGGCGCGCCUGGUGCAGCUUGGCGCGACCGAGAUUCUCGAGCGCGGACUCGGCGAUGACCAGCACGAGCUGGGCUUCCACGGUGCGCUGAACCCAUGGCUCGAGAAGCUGUGGGGAGCGGUCUUGGCCCUACCACCGUUCCAGCUACCGGACGGCUUUGUCAUUGAUGACGCACCGCGCUUGACGCCGCCCCAGUACCGCGUGACGACGAUGGCAGCAGCAACAGCAUCCUCGGUACCGCACACGUUUUACGCCGCGCCCAAGACGGUGCUACCGGCGCACAAGGGCCAGAUCCUGACGGCGACCGACGUCCGGCACCUCGUGCUCGACAUGUCGUCGGCGCCCGUGGCGUAUGCCCCCGGCGACAUCGCCCUCUUGUACCCGGAGAACACGGACGCGGCCGCGAUCGAUCGAUUUUUACACCGCCUCGGGCUCCUCGGGCUCGUGCGCGGCACGCAGCUCGUCAUUUCGCGCGUGGACGGCGCGCCAGCCAACCUUCCGUCGCCCGUCUCGGUGGACGAUCUCAUGCGCAAGUACCUCGACAUCUUUGGCACGCCGCGCCGGUCCUUCUUUGAGCGGCUCUCGCUCUUUGCGUCGGAUCCGGACGAGCGCGAGAAGCUCGUCGAGCUCGCGUCGCCGGGCGGCGCAGACCUUUUGAGCGACUACUGCACGCGCGAGAAGCGAACAUACGUGUUUGAGGACUUUGCGUCCGUGGCGGUGCCACUCGAGUAUCUUGUCGAAUGCAUUCCGCGGCUGCAGCCCCGAUCGUACUCGAUCGCGUCGGCGUCUGCGACCCACCCGUCCACGAUUGAACUGACCAUCGCCCUCGUCGAGUUCCAAACGCCCUACAAGCGCCCCAAGAGAGGGAUCUGCUCGGCCUACGUGGCAUCGCUUCCUAUCGGGGCGACGCUUCCGAUCUGGAUCAAGGCCGGCCUCUUUGCGCCGCCGCCGCCGCAAGCCAACGUGCUGCUGAUCGGACCUGGCACCGGCGUCGCCGUCAUGCGCGCGCUCAUUCAAAGCCGAGCAGCCCACGCAACGGCAAACGGCGAAACCCACUUGUUUGUUGGGUGCCGCCACGCCGCCAAGGACUUUCUAUACGAGGGGGAGUGGCAGACACUCGUGUCCACGGGCCAACUCACGUCGCUCCACGCGGCGUUCUCGCGCGACUUUGGCUACAAGCUGUACGUGCAAGCCAAGCUCGCGGAAGCCAGCGCCAUGGUGUUCCGCGUCCUCACCAAUGGCGGCUACUGCUUCGUCGCUGGCUCGGCAAAGCGCAUGCCGACAGAUGUGUACGAGGCGAUCCGGGAUAUCGUCGUCAGUGAAGGCCAAGUAUCCUUGAAGGAGGCUGAGGUGUUCAUGAAGAGCUUGGUCCGCCACAAGCGGUAUGUGGUCGAGUCGUGGUCGUAG